AAUUCUUUUUUUUUUUUUUGUCAAAUAUAUUUAAAUAUUCAAUGCAAUUGUUCAUACUUCCUUGACAAUAUUCAAGGAAACUUAACGAGACAGAUAAUUGCGUUUUAUUCAUAACUCAACAAUGUGCAGAGAUAACAGAAACGUUUCCUCAGUAUGCAUGGAUUAUUGGAUGUUGAAAAAUGAAGGCUGCUUAUCAAGACAGUAGAGCUGUACCAACAAAAGCUUUAAUAGAGCGUAGGUCGCUCGAAACUAGCUUCACUCUGCCAGAGUAUCUACAGACGGGAAGGUCGUUUCGCCCUCCCCUCCUCCCCUCCUUGAAUAUUGUUGUAUCUUUGUGCAAACGAGUUGCUCCUUAUUUGAUUCUUCAUCAAUCUGUCAAAACAAAAAGUCAUUUUCACCAUGUCUCUCGAUAGUGACGAUGAACUGGAGUAUAAAUUACUCACCAGAGAUAAGGUGGAGGAUGUUCUGGCUAUACAGGCGGAGACCAUGAAACAGGAAAACCUUGCUAUAGGUUUGGGGAUGUUCGAAGAGGAUGGUGCCCCGGAAGAAAUGAAUCUACUCUUCAGGGAAGUUAUCAAAGAUGGCAUGACGUUGAUUGCCGUUGACAAGAAGACCGAUCAAGUGGCAGCAGUGGCGUUUAACAAGCUUCACGCGAAACGGGGGAAGGGUGAGAAGGACGAGCUGGAUACAUUCAUAGAGGAGAACCUGAAGCAUGAGACGUGUAGAAAAUUGAUCAAGUUUCUCGAUGACAUUGACAAUGUGGAUAUUUUUGAGAGGUACAAUACGAACGGAGCGAUGGAGGUGUUCUAUCUUGGCACCAAUCCACGGUACCAAGGUCGUGGGAUCGGCAGUCGAAUGAUGCAGAAGUGUAUCGAGUUCGGUCGAGGGCUGCUCAAUGGUACAAGGAGAAGAGCUUCGAUCGACGGGAUUAUUCUGGGGCAGAGCGUUAUUCCAGAGAUAAUUUUCGGUGUGUUCGCCUCGAAUUACAGCCAACGAAUCGCAGACAAAUUGGGAUUCGACGUUUUGCACGAAGUUCGCUACGAUGAUUAUGUGUCCAAUGGUAGAAAAAUGUCCGAGAGGAUAGGAGGCGUUCAUAAAACGGCCAGGUUACAGAUUCUAAAAUUGUAAGAGAUAGAUUAGAACGAGUGGAUAAAUAACAGUAGUGCAUUUUUAUAUUUUAUAAAAGUCGUAUUGAGAAUUGUAACAUUGAAUGAAAAUGAGCAAUAAAUAAUACUUAUUCUGAAA